GAGAAUACGAGCAGAAAUUCCCCUAUUUCCCCGCGUCGUGUUCGCAUAGUGGCUGUUGUUUUUCGUAAUUACCACGAGGCAGAAAAUUCUUAUCUCGAUUGAUUUAAAUGGAGACCGUUUACCACAAGACCCAUCAUGGUUUCAUUCUUCUUCUCAGCACCUCCAUCAUGGCCGAUUCCCAGGAUGCCAGCAGCUUUGUCCUCUACCGAUAUACCCCCUCCGUCCCUGCUGCUGCCAUCUUCGUCGCCUGUUUUGCGAUUUUGACCGUUUUACAUUCGAUUCGGCUGUAUCGAAAUCGGACUUGGUUUUUUAUCGCGUUUGUCAUUGGCCUCAUCUUCGAACUUGCCGGAUAUGUUGCACGCAUUUUCUCCCACCACGACAAGAACGCCUUAGGGCCGUAUAUAGUCCAAACGAUGCUCAUCCUUGUCGCGCCUCCUGUUUUCGCCGCCUCGAUAUACAUGACGCUCGGAAGGGUCAUUGUGCAGCUUCACGCGGAAAAUGCUUCCAUUAUUCGGGUGAAAUGGCUGACCAAGAUCUUCGUGCUGGGUGAUGUGAUAUCCUUUCUUAUGCAGUGCUCAGGGGGUGGGUACAUGGCAGCAGGUUCGGUGAAUGCGAUGCAGAUAGGCGAGUACGUCGUCAUCGGUGGAUUAGCGGUGCAACUCCUCUUCUUCAGCUUCUUCGUCUUUGUUGCAUCUCUGUUUCAUUACCGAGUCAAGAAGAAUCCGAAAUAUAUGGUUACACAAGAUACCUCACGACCCGGUGCAUUUCCCCAUUCCGUGAGCUGGGAGUCAGUGAUGUGGGCACUGUACGUUGCGUGUGUGCUUAUCUUGAUCCGAUCAAUCUUUCGUGUCGUGGAGUUUGUGCAGGGCAACGACGGAUUCAUCAUGAAGCGGGAGUAUCUGCUGUACAUCUUCGAUGCGCUACUGAUGGCCCUUACGGGUAUCGUCUUGGUGGUAGUAUUUCCCGGAGCAUAUCUAGAAGCUGGUGCUAGGAAUAAGACAGACACAACCAUCAUUCUCUUCUCGUAUGCGUAUGCACAAAUGUCCCCAUCUCCGCACUCUCCAGCCACUCCGGAUUCCAAUUCCACCCCGCGUGUCCGGCUCAAGUCCCGAGCCAGUCACACCAAGUCCCGCAAUGGCUGUCAGACCUGUAAAGCCCGCCGCGUGAAGUGUGACGAAGUCCGUCCAAUCUGUGGUGCAUGUUCCCUCCGAGGCGAUCGGUGCGAGUUUCUCAGCCAAACCAGAAAUCCUCCACGCAGGCAAGCACCUCGGAAGAAAACACCCACCGCGGAGCAAGGCAGAUCCUCUCAUCCGAACAGAGCUUAUCGAGAAGCUUCAUUACAUGAUGAAUCCGUUCCAUGGUCUACAGGACCCGUUGAACAUCCGACAUCGAUCCCGUUGCGACCUCUGGAGUUUAGUAGGACGGUUGUCUCACGACCGCCACAGCAUCACGAGGGGCUAAACAUGCUUGAUCUGCGACUGCUACAGCAUUUCAUCUUGCGUCUUUCACAUCGCAUGUCGCUGAAUCCGACCAAAACUUUGGUCUGGGAAAAGGUCAUACCGGAAAUUGCGGCGACGAACGAGUUCCUGAUGCAUCUGGUACUGGCAUUGGCGGGCCUGGAUCUGCUUUCAGAAGACCAAACAACAAAGGAACAUUCAACAUCAAACUCUCAAUCUCCGAGCGAAGAGAACGGCCCGGCUGGGGUUGAGUCGUCCGGCUCGAGUAACGCCGUGGAUUUGGAGACGGUGAUCGAGUAUCAUCAACGGGGAUUACAAGGAUUCAGAGAGCAGCUGGCAGUCAUGUCUGUUGCCAAUGCAGAAGCAAUGUUUGCCGGAUCUCUCUUGAUCGUAGCCUUUGCUUUUGGUUCCCUCCGUAUACACGGCUUAAACCCGCCUGGUAUAUCUGAUGAAAGUUCAGGAUUCUUACCGCCUCAACAAAAGAAGCCCCGGCUGGAUUGGAUAUACCUUGUUCGUGGUGUAACGUCGAUUGUCCACGAGCACUGGAGAUUUUUGCGCAUGGGCCGACUGCGCGCGAUAUUCAACUUCAACAACAACCGUGAUUCCUGGAAGGAGAUCCCCGAAGACUUGGCAUCAACACCAGUUCCACCGCGAUGUCACUGCUCCAAAUAUUUGACCCGUUUUGCCAGUGGAGCACAACAGGCUUUGUCGAAUCUGCGUACGUUUUCCAACACUCUGAAGCUGGCCGUUGCUCCGGAAUCCCCCGAAAAAGAGAUGGCCGAGCCCGGCAGGCCGAUGACGCCCAGUGAUAUUCUUCGAGAGCAGAGCCAUGCGCUUGAGAUAGUGGAAGAGAACUACAUGCGUAUUAUGUUUGUGUUGCAGUUUGCAACCAGUCCACAAACGCGGACGGACCGGAUGGAUGUGCAGGCGGACAUUGAAGAUGCGCUGGUGAUGGCCUGGCCGCAGACGCUUUCGUACAAUUUUGUUCGCUCCAUGGAGCUCGAGCAAGACGAGUUUGGCGUAGUUCAGGGUUAUUCCUUUACAAUUCUGGCUCAUUUAUAUUUGAUUAUUACUUUGCUCGAAGACGUGUGGUACGCCGUGGAGAGCUUUCGACACGAGAUUAUAAAGAUCAACACAUUGGUCCAGAGCUUGGGUGAUAGUCAAUUGGUGUCGCUAAUGAAGUGGCCGAUGGAAGUGAUUUCAUGA